GGUGUGCUCGGAGCUGGGAUCUGUGGGGCCUGAUGUAGUACCCUACUCCUGGAGCAGAGUGAGCAACGCAAGAAUAGGGAAGGCUUAGCUGAGCGAGUCCUUUCUCCCUAGCGAAACUGUUUGCCUUGGGAGCAAGGUGUUCGAGAGAGCCAGAGCGUGCACUACGCUCCCCAGGAAGCUGUGCGCCGCGGGCCGGUCACGUGACGGGAGCGCGGGCUUUGGAAGGCGGCGGAGUGAGGGUCUGCCCGCGACAAGAGCUGAGGGGAGCGGAGCUUAGGACUGUGCUGGGCAACACCUGGCGAAGCGCUACCUGCCCAGGCCUCGCGCCGCAAAGGCCAGCCAUCCCUCCUCCAAAUUGCCAUGGGAAUUCAAGGCCUGGCCAAACUGAUUGCCGAUGUGGCCCCCAGUGCCAUCCGGGAGAAUGACAUCAAGAGCUACUUUGGCCGCAAGGUGGCCAUUGACGCCUCCAUGAGCAUUUAUCAGUUCCUGAUCGCGGUCCGCCAGGGUGGGGAAGUGCUGCAGAACGAGGAGGGUGAGACCACCAGCCACCUGAUGGGCAUGUUCUACCGCACCAUCCGCAUGAUGGAGAAUGGCAUUAAGCCUGUGUAUGUCUUUGACGGCAAGCCCCCACAGCUCAAGUCAGGGGAGCUGGCCAAACGCAGUGAGCGGCGGGCAGAGGCGGAGAAGCAGCUGCAGCAGGCUCAGGCUGCCGGAGCUGAGGAGGAGGUGGAAAAGUUCACCAAGCGGCUGGUGAAGGUCACCAAACAGCACAAUGACGAGUGCAAACAUCUGCUGAGCCUCAUGGGCAUCCCAUACCUCGACGCGCCCAGUGAGGCAGAGGCCAGCUGUGCAGCCCUGGUGAAGGCUGGCAAAGUCUAUGCUGCGGCCACAGAGGACAUGGACUGCCUCACCUUCGGCAGCCCUGUGCUGAUGCGGCACCUGACUGCCAGUGAGGCCAAGAAGCUGCCCAUCCAGGAGUUCCACCUGAGCCGGAUUCUGCAGGAGCUGGGCCUGAACCAGGAGCAGUUUGUGGAUCUGUGCAUCCUGCUGGGCAGCGACUACUGUGAGAGCAUCCGGGGCAUCGGGCCCAAGCGAGCUGUGGACCUCAUCCAGAAGCACAAGAGCAUCGAGGAGAUCGUGCGGCGGCUCGACCCCAAUAAGUACGCUGUGCCAGAAAAUUGGCUGCACAAGGAGGCCCAGCAGCUCUUCUUGGAGCCCGAGGUGCUGGACCCAGAGUCUGUAGAGCUGAAGUGGAGUGAGCCAAACGAAGAAGAGCUGGUCAAGUUCAUGUGUGGUGAGAAGCAGUUCUCCGAGGAGCGAAUCCGCAGUGGAGUCAGGCGGCUGAGCAGGAGCCGCCAAGGCAGCACCCAGGGCCGCCUGGACGAUUUCUUCAAGGUGACCGGCUCACUCUCUUCAGCUAAGCGCAAGGAGCCAGAACCCAAAGGAUCGGCUAAGAAGAAGGCAAAGACUGGGGCAGCAGGGAAGUUCAAACGGGGAAAAUAAAGAUGUUUCCCUUCACCGUAUCUCCUUGACCCCAGAAUAUCUGCCUUGUACCCUCCAGAGCUACAGCUAGAAGAAUCUCCAUGGGGGUGGGGAGGGGAUUCCAUUACUUUCCUAGUGCUAUGCUUCUCAGUAGCUUUUUCCUUUUUUUUUUUCCUUUCCCCACUUGAUCUCUUGGCAGAAAGACAUAAAGGUGUUUGUUUUCUUUUUUAGCUCAGGAAAGUGAGUCAGGCUCAAACCACUUCUCAGGCAGUUUAAUGGACACUGGACCCAUUGUUAUAUGAAAGUGAUAGCAACAAAUUUGGAGAAGGAAGAGGGAGAUAAAUGAUGGAGAUGAAAGACUGUGGAAAUGAAUUCCUGGCUGGCCAACUGAUGGCCUGUGGGAGGUGAUGGAACCAGACUGCUCUCUAGGUCAGCCUUGACCCACCCUGAAAGAUAGCCAUCAGGAAGACCCAGUCUUUGCAGGUGGUGAGAGCGCCCGACAGGCAAGCAGGAGGGUUUGGUUACUGGCUUUGUCUUGAGGUGGGCAGAAACUUGAACUUGCUAUGUAAUUUGAAUCUUUACAGUGGUUAUUUGGAGGAGUAGGGUGAUAGUGUUCUUACGGCCUUUCUGAGGCAGUCGAACUGAAUUGCGACGUUGGGUAAGACACUGGUUUGUGCGUCCUGUUUUUGUGUUAAAGAUAAAAAGAGAAAAAAAAUCAAUAAAAUAAAAGUAGCCAGAACGUCA